CUGCGACUUGCUAAUUAUUAACUGGGUCUUGCAUCCAGCUCCGAAAAGACCCUAGAAUCCGGCGCCUGCCGGAUUUGCAAAGAAACGCAUUCAGCUUCAGCAGGGUGAUUCUAGAUAUCGCGGAGGGUUCGAAAGCCUUGUACGCUUGCCACAGAAGCAGUACACCUUGUAUCACUUCAUGCCUCAGUGAUUCUGUGUCCCAUCAUUACUGCGCUGGCAACUCAAUUCCCGGGCGUAAAAAAACAUCCGUUCACAUCAACGUUUCCUAUCCCGACCACCUGCGACCGAGUUCCGACGCCGUUCUCCCGGCUAAGCUCAUUCCCGCGGUAGCGCCCUCGGCCUCAUGCCCGCGCCCCGGUCAAUCCCUUAUAGGGCCAUCAUCGACCACGCUUCAGGUGUCGCUUUGGCCGCCACAGGAGAUAUCUCUGAGCAAUCCCUUCACUGAUAGGACAAUCUCCUUCAGUGAGCCGGAUGCUGUGAUGCAGCAGCACGACGGAAGACGAGUCGAAUCAGCGGAGUGCGGGCAUAUUCUCAUAGUACGAGCGAGGAAGUGAAAUGAAGCUGCGCUUAAUCUUCCCCCUCCGUACCUGGAAUAAGCUGAUAUUCUCGGUAUUGUGGAGAUUGGUGACUGUGAGGGUUGCUGGGUAAACGUGUAUCGAAGCGAUCAACGGCGAUGUCGUUUAGGGCGGAGAUCGUUACGAAAUAUGAACUGGUGUGCGUGUGUCCUUGAUCCAAGAGGAGGUCGAGCUGGCUGACCUUCCGCUCCGCUGGAGGCGGUAUGGCUGCACUUCACGGUUCGUUAGGGAGUCAGGUGCAUACGAUCAUGUUGAAGCCAUCGACGGGGAUAUCAUCUUGGGUACGGAUAUCGUUAAUAUGCCGCAAAAGGUGUCAGGAAAGUAUGCUCUUGAUUUAGAGGGAAUCCCAUCCAGGUUAGCAGAGAGCGUCGUUGAUGAGCUGCAGGAGCUGUUGCGAACAGGCGCUCGACCUGUCGGACAAGCCGAGCAUGGGAGACAUACAGACCAGGCUGGGCCGGCGCUGGGCCGGCUGGGCCUGUUGUAGCUGAGAUAUCGGAUGACAGCAA